AUCUAACUAAGUUUUUGUCGCAUUGGUUUUAGGUAUGCUGCUCCAAUAUAUGUUAACAUUGAGUACAUUACUGGAAGUCAUGGUCAGAAAACCCCUCCAGUAGCAAAGAACAAUGUUAUUAUUGGAAGAAUGCCUAUCAUGUUAAGAAGUUGCUGUUGUGUGCUCCAUGGGAAAGAUGGAGCUGAACUUGCAAGACUUGGUGAGUGCCCACUUGAUCCUGGAGGGUAUUUUAUUAUCAAGGGAACUGAGAAGGUGAUUUUAAUACAGGAGCAACUUUCCAAGAACAGAAUAAUCAUUGAUACUGACAAGAAGGGGUGUGUACAAGCAUCUGUUAUGAGCAGUACCGAAGCAACAAAAAGUAAAACAGUUAUAAAAAUGGAGAAAGAGAAGAUCUAUUUGUAUCUGAACCAGUUUGCUAACAAGGUUCCUAUCAUGGUGGUCAUGAAGGCUAUGGGUAUGGAGAGUGAUCAAGAGGUUGUGCAGAUGUUGGGAAGAGAUCCUCGAUUUGGUGCAUUACUCCUGCCAUCUAUUGAGGAAUGUGCAAGCAAUGAUGUAUAUACGCAACAUCAAGCCCUAGAAUUUCUUGAGAAAAAGGUUAGAAAAUCACCAUUUUCUAAUUCUUCAUUUGAAAAGGAAGGCAAAGCCCUGGGCAUCCUUCGUGAUGUAUUUAUUGCUAACAUUCCUGUGCGUCAAAAUAAUUUUCGCGCAAAAUGUAUAUAUGUUGCGGUAAUGUUGAGACGCAUGAUGGAAGCAAUUUUGAAUAAGGAUGCAAUGGAUGACAAGGAUUAUGUGGGGAACAAGCGGUUGGAGCUAUCUGGUCAAUUGUUAUCUCUACUCUUUGAGGAUUUGUUCAAGACAAUGAAUGAUGAGGUCAAGAAGACAGUAGAUGCGACCCUAGCUAAACCUAGCCGGUCUAGCCGGUUUGACUUUUCUCAAUUUAUAGUGAAAGAUAGUAUUACUGUUGGGUUAGAAAGGACACUUUCUACUGGUAACUGGGAUGUCAAGAGGUUCAAGAUGCACAGGAAAGGAAUGACACAGGUGGUAGCUAGAUUAUCUUUUAUAGGGACAUUAGGUCACAUGACAAAGAUCUCACCACAAUUUGAGAAGUCUAGGAAAGUUAGUGGACCUAGAGCGUUGCAACCUAGCCAGUGGGGCAUGCUUUGUCCUUGUGAUACUCCAGAAGGUGAAGCUUGUGGAUUGGUGAAAAACCUUGCUUUGAUGACUCAUGUUACAACUGAUGAAGAGGAAGGCCCGAUAGUUUCUCUGUGCUAUUGUUUGGGAGUUGAAGAUUUGGAGCUGCUUUCUGGAGAAGAACUCCAUACACCAGAUUCAUUUUUGAUUAUAUUAAAUGGGAUUAUUCUUGGUAAGCAUAGGAGGCCACAGCGUUUUGCUAAUGCGAUGAGAAAGUUGCGAAGAGCUGGUAAAAUUGGCGAGUUUGUUAGUGUAUUUGUCAAUGAGAAGCAACAUUGUGUUUACAUUGCUUCAGAUGGAGGGCGUGUUUGUCGUCCACUCGUUAUUGCUGACAACGGUGUAUCAAGAAUCAAGGAACACCAUAUGAAGGAGUUGUUGGAUGGAGUUCGCUGUUUUGAUGAUUUUUUACGUGAGGGCUUGAUAGAGUAUCUUGAUGUUAAUGAGGAGAAUAAUGCUUUGAUUGCCUUAUAUGAAGGAGAGGCCACAUUUGAAACAACCCAUAUUGAAAUAGAGCCUUUCACCAUCUUAGGUGUUUGUGCAGGGCUAAUUCCUUUUCCUCAUCAUAACCAAUCACCGAGAAAUACCUAUCAGUGUGCUAUGGGAAAGCAAGCAAUGGGUAAUAUCGCAUAUAAUCAGUUGUGUCGGAUGGACACACUAAUCUACCUUCUAGUGUAUCCUCAACGGCCACUACUGACGACAAGAACAAUUGAGCUGGUUGGAUAUGAUAAACUUGGAGCAGGCCAGAAUGCGACUGUGGCUGUUAUGAGUUAUAGUGGUUAUGAUAUAGAGGAUGCAAUAGUGAUGAAUAAAGCAUCUUUGGAUCGUGGCUUUGGUCGUUGUAUCGUAAUGAAAAAGUUGUCUGCUAUAAAUCAGAAGUAUGAGAAUAAUUCAUCCGACCGAAUAAUUCGACCCCAAAGAGAGGGGCAUGAUGCAGAGAGGAUGCAGAUACUGGAUGACGAUGGACUAGCUGCUCCUGGAGAAAUAAUUAGACCGAAUGACAUCUACAUCAAUAAGCAGUCACCAAUUGUUACUAGGGGGGCAAUUGUACCACCAAUGGGAUUGAAUGAUAAGCAGUAUAAGCCCAGCCGACAAACAUACAAAGGUCCUGAAGGGGAAACAGCAGUGGUGGACAGAGUAGCUCUCUGCUCUGAUAAGAAUAAUAAUUUAUGUAUAAAAUUUAUGAUCCGCCACACUCGUAGGCCAGAGGUUGGUGACAAAUUUAGUAGCAGACAUGGGCAGAAAGGUGUUUGUGGCACUAUUAUCCAACAAGAAGAUUUCCCAUUUUCCGAACGUGGUAUCUGUCCUGAUCUGAUUAUGAACCCUCAUGGGUUUCCAAGCCGAAUGACAGUAGGGAAGAUGAUAGAGCUCCUUGGGAGUAAAGCUGGAGUCUCAAGUGGUAAGUUUCACUACGGCAGUGCGUUUGGGGAACCAAGUGGUCAUGCAGACAGAGUUGAGGCCAUAAGUGAAACACUCGUGAAGCACGGCUUCAGCUACAGUGGCAAGGACUUCAUUUAUUCAGGUAUUACUGGUUUACCUCUACAAACUUAUAUUUUCAUGGGGCCUAUUUAUUACCAGAAGCUGAAACACAUGGUCCUAGAUAAAAUGCAUGCCCGUGGUAGUGGACCUCGUGUCAUGAUAACUAGACAACCUACUGAAGGAAGAAGUCGAAACGGAGGACUUCGAGUUGGUGAAAUGGAACGUGAUUGUUUGAUUGCUUAUGGAACUAGUAUGUUGAUCUUCGAGCGCCUAAUGAUUUCCAGCGAUCCUUUCAAGGUUCAGGUUUGCCGAAAGUGUGGUUUGUUAGGAUAUUACAACCAUAAGCUAAAAACCAGUAUUUGUUCAACAUGUAAGAAUGGGGAGAAUGUUUCUACCAUGAAAUUGCCAUAUGCGUGCAAGCUAUUAUUCCAGGAACUUCAAUCAAUGAAUAUUGUUCCUCGCUUGAAACUAACGGAAGCUUGAUGGUUUGGGCUUUCCUGCCAAUGCUUGGAGUUCAUAAAUUGAGACAAUGAGGUUGUGGUGCAAUUUUGCUGGAGCUAUGGUACAACUGGUCCUUGGCAACUGGUGGUGUUAUUUAGAGCUUUUAAAAGUUUUGUACCGGUCCUUUCUUCCAAGAUAUGAUUGAAAGCUUCUGGUUGCGGAGACAUGCUUCUAGAAUACCUUCAUUCUUUUUUCCUGGGGUCUUUGGCUUGUUCCGAAAGAGAACAAGUUAUUAAAGCAGAGUUGUAGAAGGCCUUCUAUGCAUUGAAGCCAAGGAAGUUGGAUAUUAUUGAUCUAUAAUUCCGCUUGUAUAGUUUAAACUAUUAUGUGACGAAGGGUUUGCUUUAAAUUUCUUAAUUGGAAGAGCAAACAGUAAAUUGUAUGAGUAAAAGGUUUUGCAAUAUAUUUUCGCACUAGAUCUUAAUUUUCAUA